AUCAUAUGUUUUGUAAAAUGCACUAUAUAAAUAAAAUUUAGAAGUUAGGAUAGACUUUGUGCACAUAACUGUAAUUAGGAACUCCUCAACAUGAAUAAUACAGCCCUUCUUUUUGUUCUUAUUGUUUUUGCAGUAGGUGUAAAAGAGUCUAUUCAACAAGGGAAAUGUACCACCAAUUUCUGUACAACCAUCAAAGACAGCGCUGCUUGUAAUGGAUGUUGUCGUGGUAUCGGAUGUACUGGCGGUGGACAAUGCAGUGUAUUGAAUGGAGUAUCUGCCUGUCAUUGUGAUGGAUGCACUUCCAAACCAGUAACUCAUGAUACGUGUACAAGCACAUUCUGUUCUAGUGGAAAGCUCGAUGAUAACGGAUGUAAAGGUUGUUGUGUUGGUAUGUUAAAUGGUUGUGGCCCCUCCGGAUCUUGCCAAAAUUCACAUUGUAAAUGCAAUACCUGUGUAAGAAAAACAGGACCAGGACCAUGAAAAGUAAAGGGUAACGGAAAGGAAAAAGUAAACUAAGAGUUCAAGAUUUGUUAAAACGUAUAGACAUCUAGAUUUCAAAACAGGUUCUCAACAAAAAUGCUUAAUUGUUUUACAGUGAAUAUGUUUAGUAAGGAAUAAUGUAUAAUCCCUGAUAUUUGUUUAUGAAUAAUGAGUAUAUAAUCAUCAAAAGUUCAGGAAUCAUGCAUUAUAUAUGGAAAAGGUAAAAAGUCAUUUAUAAUAUGUAACUUAUAAUAUAGAACUAUAUUUAAAUAUCUAAAUAAACAAAAUUGAACAAUACUAUAGUGCAAAUAAUUUCUUUUCACAGACUACUAAGAAUGAAAAUAAAUUGACAUCUACGAUUGCACACUUACCAAUUAACAAUUUUCAUGCUUGCUCUGCCUCGAAUUCCUUGAAUCUGAGUUAGGAAGGUUAAAAAAGUGGGAAAGUCACCUCAGAUUGAUUUUUGUUUUGGACUUGGGGAGAAAUCUGUUUGUAGCCAGACAAUAUUCUUUUUAUGAACAAUUACCAUCAUUUUUUUGGGUCCCUCUAUAAGAGAUUUUUAUGCAAAAUCUGUAUCAAAACAUUGCUGUUUAUGUGUUGUCCUCCAAAUUGUGUUCAAUCUGUUAAAAAUGUGUUUUCUUUCUGUACGUUUAGUUGCAUGUGUUUGCUUACUUUAAAAUGUGUAAUUGGAAAAAAUGAAACCAUUAAACAAUUAGUCAA